CAAGACAAAAGAGAGAUUAUUUUUGAUUCUAACCUAGACUUUGUACUUGUGGUAAAUCGGCGAGAAAAAUAUGCAACGAUAAUUAAUUUAUUUAUUACUUUGAAGUUUAAAAAAUAAUUAUUUAUAUUUGUAGUUAUAUUUAUAUAAAUACUUAGUAAAAUGAGUGGUACGUCAAAGCAAGAUGCGGGAGAGAUGGAGGUUGACGAGAACGUCGUCUUGGACAACGGGUCCAGUUCCAUGGAAGUCGUGAACCAGCCGGUUCCUGAAGCGGCACCGGUACCAGCAGGAGCCGGAAGUUCAAACUCUACAAGUAACUCAAGUCGUGUGAUGGCAUCCUCUGGAACUCUGGGGUCAGUAUCUGUCAGUUUGCAUCCCUUAGUUAUCAUGAACGUCAGUGAACACUGGACCAGGUUACGGGCACAGGAAGGAAGUGAACAAUUAGUUUACGGAGCUUUGAUUGGAAAACAGAAAGGAAGACACAUAGAGAUAAUGAACUCAUUCGAGCUGGUGUUCACGAUGAUUGGCACUGAUGUUAUUAUUGACAGAGACUAUUACAACACCAAGGAAGAACAGUUCAAGCAGGUGUUCAGCGACAUGGACUUCCUGGGUUGGUAUACCACUGGAGACAUGCCCAAUGACAGGGACAUCAGUGUCCACAGGCAAAUUUGCGGCAUCAACGAGAGCCCUGUCCUGCUGAAACUCGACCCGAGACCUAAAAAUCCGGAUCAAUUGUCUGUAGCGAUGUACGAGUCUGUUAUUGAUCUUGUUGCUGGGGAAGCGACGAUGCUUUUUGUACCUUUAACUUAUACUUUGGCUACUGAAGAAGCUGAGAGAAUUGGUGUCGAUCAUGUUGCGCGAAUGUGCAGCAAUGAACAAGGGGAAAGCUCUCUAGUUGCUGAACAUCUUAUGGCGCAACACAGUGCCAUAAAAAUGUUAUACUCACGUGUGAAACUGAUCUUAACGUACCUCCGUGCUGUCGAGAAAGGAGAAUUGCCACCGAACCAUGAAAUUUUGCGAGCUGCUAGAUCUCUAGCUCAUCACUUGCCAGUUUUGAAUAGCGAUAAAUUCAAAGCUGACUUUUACAACCAAUGCAACGAUUUUGGCUUGAUGACUUAUCUGGGAAUGAUCACCAAGGGCUGCAACGACAUAAACCAGUUCGUAAACAAAUUCAAUAUUUUAUACGACCGGUCUGGAAUGGGCCCAGGCCACAUGAGACGUAUGCGAAGUCUUUUUUUUUGAAAAUCAGUUGAUUGUUUAAGAACUUUAAAUUAUUUUUACUAACGCAUCUAAUUGUAGGAACAGGUACAAAUCAUAAGAGACGCACCCACUUGCUCGCUUUCUCUCAGGAUAAUAAUGUUUUGUCGUAGAUUUAUUUACGUCCGUCAAAAUUUAAUAGGCUUAUCAUUUCUUAUCUCUACUUAUGCCCAAAUAUUAUUUUCGAAUAAAGGUUUCAGUUUUAUAAAUUA